AUGAUGCGCCCCCGCGGCGGGCCGCCGGCCGCCUGGCGGCUGGCGGGGCUGCUGGCGUGCCGCUGGCCGUGGCCCUGCCCCGCAAGGACCCUGCGCGAUGCCGGCGCGCGCGGCGCCUCAGACGGCGGCGCUGCCGGGAGCGGCUCCCGCAGGCAGCCCGACAUCCACGGCUGGACGUGGCCAGUCUGGUUCGGGAGUUCCUUCGACGACAGCCCCGUGAGCGUGAACCCCUUCUCCUCGGACUUCUCCUCGCGGCUGGGCCACCUGAUCGGCAACCAGUUCCCGACCGCCCCGCUCGAUCGGGUCGACCGCGCGCACGUCGCCUCGGCGACGGGAGUCGUCCCCAUGGCGCCAGGCGGCGUGAGGGAGUCUGCAAGAGCUCCGAUGGUGAACGACUUCGUGAGCAAGUACUCCCACCCAUCGAAGAAGAGAAACGGCAUCGGCACAAAUGUUCGGAGCCCCGCGCGGAUGCCGCGCCGACCUCAGGAAUGUGUGUGUGCCGUUUCUUCUUCUGGCCCGGACACUUUCCCUGGCGAGAGGCGUGUACAGUCUGGCAUGGACCUGGAUGCGGUGCCGGUCAUCCCCCUUGAGAAGAAGGAGAUUGUCCCAUCCACCGACAAGCUGCGGACACCCUUCUUCGCACACGAUGAUGUCCCGUGGCUCCGGGGGUGGGACCCGAAACCGAGUGACAACUAUCCGCUCACGGCGCCGGGCGACAAGCUGAAGGACGGCACAUCUCCCGUGGCCUACCAUGACGAGAUUCCUGAGCAAGUCGCCAAGUUCAUCCACCAGGUGCACGACCGGAAGACCAGGCGGGACGUUGUCGCGCACCAGAACAAGGAUUUCGCGAGCGCCGACCUGGACAACGACUCGCUCGUCUCCUACGAGGAGUACGUCGGCGAGCUCGUGAGCAGGCAGAACAAGACCGCUCUGGAGGCCAAGCAGCUGUGGGAGACAUACCACUCCGCGGACUCGGAGGAAAUGACCAGGGACGAGUGGACGCGACUCGCGCGGGCUGGCUUCAGCGUGGGCUCGAUCCAGCGCCUGGACGUCGAGAACGUGCUCGACCCCGUCCCGGAGGCCGUGGCAGCCGGGUUCUGGGGGAGCGGCGCAGAGUGCCCGAGCGGCACAUACGUCAGCGGAGCGAGGUUGAAGGUGAUGGAGACGGCUCCCGGGGUCGACAACUCGGGCCUCAACCGCGUGGGCCUGAGGUGCACCGACGGCUCCGAGGCCGAAUCCAUAGAGGGCCCCGACGGGGAGUGGACUCAGUGGGCUGACUGCCCGCAGGGGCAGCGCGUGUACGCCAUUCGCGUCCGGAGCCUCGCGGUCAGCAAGGGGCGGGACAACUCUGGAAUCAACGGCCUGGAGUUUGUCUGCAGGGCCACGAGCAUGAGCGCUUUCACCCGCCUCCGCUUCGGUGGCGACCUCCAGGCGCGCCCCGGCGUCGUCGUCGCGUCGGGCCCGGUGGCCAUCGGCGGCGGCUGGUCGCGGGAGCAGAGGUGCGCGCUGAACCAGGCAGUGUGCGGCCUGCAGGCGAACGUCGACCACACGGCAUGA